AUGGGGAAGGGCAAAGCCGCAUUUUUUGCGCUACUCGCCAUCAUGGCCGUCAUCGCUGAGGCGACGAGCGUGGAGGCCCAAGUGCUGGUGGGCACGCAGAUGACGAUCAGCAGCCUCUCUUUCAGCCGUCGCAGGCUGCAGCCGUCCACCAGCGGGGAUGACCAAGAGGUUGGCACGAAAAUGUCGAUUGGCCCCUCUUUCUCCUUCGAUGAUCCGAGCCGCUGUGUCGCCAUUCCACCUGGCGGCGGGACGAGGAAGCUGCAGGUGUGGUGGCAGCAGGAAGGCAAGGCGGAUUGCACGGCGAUUCAGUUCUUCCCGAGUCCCACGUGCAAGGGGAGGGUGCUGGACACUCUCGCGCAAGGCCAGCAGACGCCUCUCCACAAUGGAAUCAGGUCCGCCCGCUGCAUCAUUGGUGCCGCCCAGAGCGCAGCUGCUCCUGAGUACCCUGACGAAGAGAGUUCAAUCACGGGCUUUUGUGGCGACGACAGAGUCAACCCAUGCCUGGGGGGCACGUGCAUCGACCGCGGCACCGAGGGCAAGACCUGCGUCUGUCUGCCCAACCACCUCUCUCUUGGCAGCCACUGCAAUCAGAGUUGGGAGGGCGUUUCGUCCAUCACAGUGGAAGGCAGCACCUGGAGGUGCAAAGACGUGUACACCAUGUAUGGCCUCACGCUGCAGCAGUUCACCGCCAUGAACCCGGUGAGCCAAGCCACAUGCUGCGCCAAGCCGAGCCAUCUCAAUUCUUGCAAGCCCUUAAUGAGCAUGUCAAGCUGUCUUUUUUUCUGUGCCAUAUCUCCCUUCCGCUCUCUUCCAUCCUCUCUUGCUUUCUCGCCCUCUCUUGCUCUCUCACUCUCUCCCUCUCUGUCUACCUCACCUCUCGCUCACCCUCGUUCUUGCUCACCCUCUUCCUCUCUCACCUUCUUCCUCUCUCACCUUCUUCCUCUCUCACCUUCUUCCUCUCACCUUCUUCCUCUCACCUUCUUCCUCUCUCACCUUUUUCCUCUCUCACCUUCUUCCUCUCUCACCCUCUUCAUCUCUCACCCUCUCUCCCUCCAUCUGCUCCACUGUCUCCAUUUCCCUCACCCUCACCCUCCCCCUCUCCCUCUCUCGCUGCCCCAUCCCCUCCAGGGUAUCGACUGCUCUGCUCUCCUUCCUCAAGGCAGCGAGCUCGAGGUGAAAGAGCUUCUGCCAGCUUGCUCUGCCUUCUACUACGUCCAGCCGGAUGACACAUGCUCGUCCGUGGCUGACUUUCUCGGCAUCACCGAGGACAGCCUGCAGCAGCUCAACACUGGUGUUAGCUGCCCCUCUAGCCUCCCCGCGUUCCGCGCUCUCUGUGUGGAGCGCGACCCAGCCAAGGCCAGACCGAGAUGUGUGAACGAGAUAGAGAUCGGCAAAGUGGUGGACUUCAAGCAGGUGGCGGCAUCCAAUGGAGUCACCAUGGUGGACCUCUGCAGGCUCAACCCCUGGAUCUCCUUCCACGAUUCCCGGGGCGACACUGAUAGUCUUUGCAUGGCUGCUCAAUACGCCCCAGCUCCUCCCAGCGACACCACAGCUGACACCACAGCUGACACCACAGCUGACACCACAGCUGACACCACAGCUGACACUACAGCUGACACUACAGCUGACACUACAGCUGACACUACAGCUGACACUACAGCUGACACUACAGCUGACACUACAGCUAAUUCCAGCGACACCACACCUCCCAGCGACAACCCACCUUCUAGAGAUACCCAAGCUACUCCCACCACAGCUACUCCCACCCCAGCUACUCCCACCCCAGCUACUCCCACCACAGCUACUCCCACCCCAGCUACUCCCACCCCAGCUACUCCCACCUCAGCUACUCCCACCACAGCUACUCCCGGUGACACCAAAGCUUCUUCUGAGUAUCCCGACGAAGAGAGUUCAAUCAGUAAGACCAAUGCUGUUGUACGCCAUCCCAUUAUCCAUUCUCGCUUAAACUGGUCUGGUUCUAUGCGAGGGUGCUCUGUUGGGGCUGGCAUAGCUUGCGCCCCUGGGAAGCACAAUGGGCUACUGGCAGCAGCGAGGUUCCUCGCCUUCUCUGCCCUUUUUUGCCCCACGGAUCCCCCAAUCGAAUUCUCCUUGCCACUUCAGUGCUUGCCAUCUCCUGCUCCUCCGUGCGUUUCUCCCCCGCCAGUGGGCUUUUGUGGCGACGACAGAGUCAACCCAUGCCUGGGGGGCACGUGCAUCGACCGCGGCACCGAGGGCAAGACCUGCGUCUAUCAGAGUUGGGAGGGCGUUUCGUCCAUCACAGUGGAAGGCAGCACCUGGAGGUGCAAGGACGUGUACACCAUGUAUGGCCUCACGCUGCAGCAGUUCACCGCCAUGAACCCGCGUUCCACUACCACUGUGUUGCUGCAUCUUCUUUCACCCCCUUUGACCACCUCUUUUCUUCUCCACCCCCCUUCCCCUCUCCUUUCCCUCCCACAGAACGACACAUGCUCGUCCGUGGCUCAGUUUCUCAACAUCACCGAGGAAAGCCUGCAGCAGCUCAACACUGGUGUUAGCUGCCCCUCUAGCCUCCCUGCGUUCCGCGCUCUCUGUGUGGAGCGCGACCCAGCCAAGGCCAGACCGAGAUGUGUGAACGAGAUAGAGAUCGGCAAAGUGGUGGACUUCAAGCAGGUGGCGGCAUCCAAUGGAGUCACCAUGGUGGACAUCUGCAGGCUCAACCCCUGGAUCUCCUUCCACGAUUCCCGGGGCGACACUGAUAGUGUAAGUUGA